AUGCUGCCACAAACAUUGCGGCGCGGUCAAUUGGUCAUUCGCGAUUCUCGAAAUCCGGGGUGUCUUGUAUCAUCUGGACUACGGGGAUCUUCCGAGACGCUGCAGACACCACUUUUCACAUUAAUAUUAGCAACCGCCAGUCUGGUUCAGCUACCCCAGACCCCAUCUCAGAGCUUUAGGCCAUGUGGCUCUUAA